AUGGCGGCGGUGCUGUCGAGGAGGCUGGGGAAGCGCUCCUUGCUGGGCGCGCGCAUUUCUGCCCCCACGUUGCUGGGGGACGGGGUGCUCCUGACGACCCAGGCCCACCCCUUGCAUCCGGAAAUCAGCAAAGGGUCCUCGCUCCUUGCUUCCUGCGAGGACCGCCCCUUCAAGGACCACGCAGACAGCCUGGGAGAUCGAAACCAAAACGGGCCGAUGCUGCACCCGGGCCAAAAGGUGCUGGUCUUUUGCAACGGGCAAGAGGAGGCUGGCCUGGUGGAGCAGCAUGACCCGGCCAGCAACGAAGUGAAGGUGUUGAUGCCGGAGAAGGGGUUUUUGGUUUCCAGGAAAGCCGAGGAAGUGAGGCUGGCAGACUGCCAGGCGUUGACGGCCCCAACCCUGGAGAUGGACCACGAAAGAACGGCUGUAGCCAGGAGCUGCAGCAGCACCAUCUCCAUGGCAAUGGAAGAUCAUCCUACCACGUCGGACACUGUCAUGGCCUCUGCUCCAAGAUCGGUUUCUAGGAAUAUUGAUGUACCAAAAAGGAAAGCAGAUGCUGCUGUGGAAAUGGACGAGAUGAUGGCGGCCAUGGUCUUGACCAGCUUAUCCUGUAGUCCUGUGGUGCAAAGCCCUCCAAACAGCGACGCGGGCAUCUCAGGAUCCCAAGUGGCCUUCGACGGCUGGAAGGAGAGUGGCGAGAUGUCCGAUGGCGGGAGCAGCACCACCAGCGGCCACUGGAGUGGGCUCUCCACCCCGUCGCCCCCCCACUCAGAGACCAGCCCCAAGUACUCGGGAGAAGCUUUCAGCUCUCCGAGGGCUGAUGACGGCUUUGAGACAGACUCGGAUCCUCUUCUCUUUGACGAGCCUGCUCCUCGGAAGAGGAAGAAUUCGGUGAAGGUGAUGUACAAAUGUUUGUGGCCCAGCUGUGGCAAAGUCCUUCGCUCCAUCGUCGGGAUCAAGCGGCAUGUGAAGACUCAACACCUGGGGGAUGGCGCGAACUCGGAUCAGCGGAAGAGGGAAGAGGACUUCUAUUACACGGAGGUGCAAGUCAAGGAGGAGGUGCCCCCAGAGCCUGCAGUGAGCGCACCCAGCCCAACCGCUGGCUCCUCUCCAGUGGUCAUCCAGCCGGCCCCAGGCCAGCCAGAGGCCCUCCUCCUGGAUCCUGCUGCCCCCUUGGAGCCCUGCCUGACCAGCAACGCCCUCAGCCAGUCUGCCCCCAGUUCUUUCUGGCACAUUCAGGCAGAUCAUGCUUACCAGGCUCUGCCAUCCAUCCAGAUCCCAGUAUCUCCACACAUAUUCACCAGCAUCAGCUGGGCAGCAGCCACCUCCACCAUCCCCACCCUUUCGCCGGUUCGAAGCCGGUCCUUGAGUUUCAGCGAACAGCAGCCGCAGCAGCAGCAGGCGCUGCCCCCUCCCCCGCCGCCGGCGGUGCUGAAAUCCCACCUGAUCGUCGCCUCUCCCCCGAAGGCACCCAGCAGUGGCACAAGGAAAGUCCGCGGCGAAGCCAAGAAAUGCCGCAAGGUUUAUGGCAUCGAGCACCGAGACCAAUGGUGCACAGCCUGCCGGUGGAAGAAAGCGUGCCAGAGGUUUUUGGACUGAGCGCACACCCAGGCAUGCAAGCUUUCUGGCUUGGAAGGCUGGAGAGAGCUCCAUGGUGCUGUCGGUCAUGCGCGAGGGGCCAGGCCUCCGGGGUUUUUUGGCCCUCCUCUGGGACACGUGGGCCCCGGAAACGCAACGCCCAGUGCUUCAGCAGACCAUCCCAAGAGCCGCCUGCCAAGACGCUGAGCUCUGUAUAGUCUACGUUGCCAGGUUUUCUAAUGUUCCGUGUUUUUGUGAGCAUGUUUUCUUCUUUUUUAAAACACUUAUUUCCUUUUUUUAAACACACACACACACACACACACACAGAGCCUCCUUUUCUAUUUGUAAAUAAGGGCAAAAAAAAGAAGAAAGAAAUUAAUCUGUUGAAACUUCAUAUAUCAUAUAGACUUUGUUUCAUGCCUGGGCCCAGGGACCAAAGAACGAUGAACGUUUUGUCCCAGAGAGGGAUGUGGCGGGCUGUGUGUGUGUGCGGCACGUCUCUUUAAUACGGCGCAUUUGGUGUGCCCCUUCCCUCAGCCCGGCCACGUCACUCUCUAGGAAGUGUGACAUCAGGGCCCGCGGGGGAGCAGGCGUGUCCGAUGGCAAGCCACGGGGGCCCUUGAAUUUUCUCACGGACGCUGACACCCUCCUGUGAGGCCUGGACAGGAAUGGGUGGUUUGCACCCUUUGAAAAAAAAAAAAGCACUGUUUUAAAAAAACCUAAGCAGAUGUUGUCAAAACAACAACAACAAUCAUUGCAUUAGAUCACAAUCAGAGGGACGUCCUUCUUUUGUUUCGCUUACCCAGGGGAGUGAGGUGGGAAAGUAUUUUGAGGCCAAGCUCCCUGUCCCCUUUUUUUAAAGCAGAUGUCGUUGUGUUACUUUUCAAGAGGAAAGGAAAAGCGUCCGCCGGUUGGAUAGGUGAACUGGAAAGGGUGGCUUCCGGGCAGGGAAGGUGGCACGGGGCGGGAAUGUCCGGUGCACGGAUCUGGGGGUGUCACGACGCACCAGAGUGUGAGCUUGCACUCCUUUGGCUGUGGGCGGUGGGGGGAGCAGGCGGCGGCUGUGUGUUAUACCGCAUUCUGCCUCGCAUAGCUUCCUCUCGCUACUGCACACGUUAACGUGGCGGCAGACUGGAGUUUGCCAGGAAGCAUUCCUUUAACAAGGAGCUUCAUCCAUCAUCCGUCUUGGCUUCUGGAUACUAGCAGUGUUCCUAACAUGUGACGAGAUACCUAUAUUUAGGAGGGUUUUUUUUUAAAAAAAAUGUUUACCUAAAUGCUACUUUUUUCAGUGUCUGCAUCAUAAAAUGUCAUGUGGGAAGCAACCUUGCAUUUUAUCAGUUGCCUUCCCCCCCUCCCCCGUUGUGUCUGUCCUGGGUUCGGAGAGGUGGGUUCAGCCGGUGGUGAAAUGGGAUGCAUUCCUCUGUCGGUGGCUUUGGCCGGGGACAGGUUGUGCCCUUGACCACGUCUGCUGUGACCAAGAUAGGAGUGAGUUACGGGUGCCAUAAGACAAAGCCAUGAGAACAUCCAAGCCAUACUUAG